AUGGUGCGAGCCGCAGGUGUGGCCGGCGGGACAAACCAACAGCGGGCCGGGGGGGGAGCGGCGCGGCGGGAGGGCGGGACGGGACUGGCACCGGGCGCAUCACCGGGAGCGACGCGGGAGGAGCGGCCGCCGCGGGAGAUUGAAGUGCCAGGGCCGAGGAGCGGGAGGCGCUGCUGCCAGUGUCGCCCGCGGGGGAGGAGACCAGGAGGAGGGGGCCGGCCGGCUGCGUGUUCGGCGCUCGGGACGCGCCCGCCUCCAGGACCGGGACCCUUCGGAGCCGCUCCCGGGAGCCGCCGCCCGCUUCUCCAGAGCCACCGGGAAGCCGCGGGAGUGACGGAGCCGGGAGUCCAGGCUGCGCAGCGAAAGUUUGCCGCUUCUCCCCGCGGUUCCCACAUGCGAGUGGACAGCGUGAGACCGGCUGCUGCUCUUCCUGCUGCUCCCGCCCCUGCUCCCGCUGCUCCCUCGGGUGCCGGGGGGCCGGCGCUGCCCCCCACACCCGCCGCCGCACCUGUGCCCGGCCCUGGAGCUGCCCCGCGGGUCCGCCUGGCCAUGUGGGACUAGGAGAGGAGCGGCCAUUCU